AAAAGUGAUGAGUCACAUCCUGUAUAAGUCAAGUUUUACAACCCUCUUCUCUCUGUGUAAGCCCUCGUGGCCCAGAAAUGUACACAUGAACUACAACGCUGGUUCCUACGCUUACGUUCUGUUAACGCUGCUCUGGAUGACAAACAUAUUUGAAAUAGGACAGACCAUGUGCAAAAAUGAGGCAUUUGAAGUAAAGGCUACAUGUGGAGACCCUGUGAUCCUCCCGUGCCACUUCUCUGGUGUGUCUGAGUCUGCCAGUGUUAUCUGGCAGAAAAGCUCGAAUGGCAAUGACUUGGUGGUGCAUGUGGCGAUGGAAGACUCCAUUGGUGAUGGCCAGAAUGCCUGGUACAAGAACAGGACCAUGUUACGCCCUGACUGGCACAGGGCGAACGAGGCAACCCUUACCCUCAAACACGUCAUGCUGAACGACAGCGGCACCUACUUCUGUUAUGUUCGCUUGAACCAUCUGAAGAGUCUGAUUUGCUCCACUGUUUCAUUGGGCGUCAAUCCAGACACUGAUGUUUUCUGGCCAGCGCAUUUCGAGGUCAGGGUGAAACACGGGGAAGAGCUAAAUUUCCAGUGGGGCUUGAACCUGCGCUGUGUCGGCACCGAGGGCCUGGGCGUGACGUGCGGGCCCAGUAACUCCACCGACCGGUGCCACUUCGAGCUGCGGAAAGCGGGGACCACUGCAGUUGCCCAGUCCGAGAACCACGUCCUCAUCCUGGAAGAAGCUGGUGGAAUUGGCACCUUCCGUGUGCCGGGCUUCUCCUCCGUGCAGCCAGGGGGCACCAUCGAGUGCUGCCUGGAGAACGUCGGCGCUGGCACGGAGAUGUGUGCCCGCUCCAGGGUCAACGUCAUUGGGUCCACCAACGGCACUGACUCAGCGCACCGAGGAUGCCAUCAACUCUUAAACUUGCUGUUGCUGGCCUUCGUUACGGUUGUUUUGAGAAAUUAAGGGGCUUUUUCAACAGAAAUGUUGAUGGUGAGGAUGCAAAUGUGGUUUCCCAAAUGUCAACGAGAGGAAACAGCAUCGACCUGCUCUUAUAUUGCAGAUGUUUACGGUGCAGGAAAAGGCCAUUCAGCCCAUCAGCAAAGAUUGGACGAUCCCCGACUCGCUUUCCGGUUUUCAGCUCGGAGGGUACGGAGACCAAGUGUUAUCAUGUUGUCGAAAUAAAAGAUUUGAGUUAUAACUGA